UGAAAGAAUUUUAAGAUGCUCAGAGCUCAGCUAACCAAGGUUUUAUUGCUGGGAGUGCUGCUCCUCGGGGGCAGCCAGGCGCAUCCAUUGCGCGGACGGAAGCGCGCCUUUGGCAUGGGUCUGCUGGGUGGCGCAUUGGCGGGCGCUGCCAUUGGCCAUGCGGUGGCUAAGGCACCGGGCUCAUCGAAAGCAGCUGCUCCAGCCGCUGCACCCGUCGCCCAGGUGGUGGAGAACGGUGUGCCCGACGCCAAUGGCUGCUACAAGCAGACGAUCAGGGAGCCCGUUACUGGUCAUCCCGGGCACUACAUUGAAACGGUGCACCUGGUCUGUCCACAGCGCCCGGCAGCAGCUGCACCACAGCCUGCGAUGCCGGCACCUGUGCACGUGCUACCCGUUGCCCAAGCCCCAGCUGCAUCCGUUUAUCCAGUGAUUCCUGCCCCGGCGCCAGUGGCUACCCAUGUGGUGGCAGCCGCCGUUCCCGUUGCUAAUGCCACCCAUUUAAAUGGAACUCUUACCGUUACCACUCUGGGUCAUCCCAACCCAGUUCCAGUUCCAGUGCCAGCUGUUCCUGCUCCUGCUGCGGCUCCUGCUCCUGCGCCCUCUGCUGCGGCAGCUACAAGUCCGCAUUCUUCUUUAACUUUUGCCUAUGCAACUGCUCCCAUAGCGCAGCCUGCACAGCCAGUUCAGCAAGCCCCAGCUCAAGUGUUUCUGCUUUCCAAAACCGUGAAGAAGCAGAAGUCUGCAGCUAGUUCAGUGAAUGUGUCAUAUGGUCUCCUAAUGCUAGUGGUUCUCUACUGCCUUAUAAGCAGAUAAAUUUGAAAUA